GAGCUCGACGUGGACACGAACUACGGCUGCAAUUGGAAGCAGGUCACAGCGUUCUUGCGCAAGCUGCGCCAGCAUGGGAGUGCGCUAAAGAUUAACGAGAUGAUCAAGAACAGCUACGUUCAAGGAGGACGUCGCAGGCCGCGUGCGUUGAGCGAGCUGACUCUCGAUAAGGGCGUUACGGAUGGACUGUUUGUCGUGGCGGCAUACAACGUCCGAUUCGUGGGUCAUGCAGUUGUCCUUCGUGUGACAUACGGGUACCAGCGCAAGACCAUUAGCGACAAGAGCAAGGAGAAGUCUGGGGACGAGUGUAGCUGGAUGAUCUUCUUCGCAUUUGUGUGUCCGUUCAUAGUCUGGGGGGGGGGGAUUUCACGGUGGGUUUUAAAUCUCCAGACAAUAAACUAA